AUGUUAAAAUCGGAAAAAAUCGAAACGUCGGAAAGUCGGCCUGCUAAACAAGGGUUCGCUGAAAAUAAUACAGCAUUAGAAUCCUGGAGUGUGUUCAAAGCUGAAUUUCUUCACACGUAUUCAUUUCCAACACUUAAACAAUUAGCAUCUCAUCGUUUGCGCAAUCAUCAACAAUGUCACGAUGAACCAGUUAUCGAAUAUUAUACAGAUGUUAUGAAAUUAUGCAAAAUAAUUGAUUAUAACAUGACAGACGUAUCAAAACUUGAUCAUUUAUAUCAUGGUUUAAAAUUAUCUUUAAUGAAAGAUGUAUUACGUCGAGCACCAACAAUGCCAUCCGAAUUUUAA